CUUUUGUUCGAAGCGUGUGUGACUUUAGCGACAAGUAUGGACAAAAUAUGAACUACGAAACAAACGAGGAACGCUCUCCCUUCGUCAUGUAUUUAUCGUAUCGGUGUAUAAGCUUCUAUCGUUUAUUUCCCACUCACGCGUUCAUAACAAUUGCUUCCGUGUGAAUUUAAUAGAAAGAAAUGAAAGUUUUCUGUGUGUAUAUUUUCUUUGCUGUGAUCCGUGCUAGAUACGACGUCAGUACGCAUUUGUUUCACGAUAAAGAAUAAUAAAUAUAAUUAACACGUAUGAUAAUUGAUAUAUAAAUUUGCGGAUUUAACGAAAUUAAUUUUUCUAUAUCAUAUCUAUUUACCUGUACAAGUAUUAUCGGCAAUGUAAAGUUUCAGUAGUUUAUCGUUUAGUCGGAAUUAGAUUGAAAGAAUUUUGAAAAUACAUUGAAGAAAUAUGCAGGCAUUCGCUCGGUAGUAAUUGCGUUGCUGCGUAAUACUAUUGUUUAAAUAUUAAUUUAUUGUAAUUCGUGUACAUUAGAGACUUUAGAAUAAAUUUUUACGUUUAUAAGGAGAUAGUUUCGACGUUCAUGCGUCGGAAUACAAGAGAAAACUAUAUCUUGGACUAAUCGUCAAAGUUAAUGAAAAUAUCGUAUGUGUCGAUAUUAAAAAAAACCAACAAAUCUCGUGACGAAAAUUUUCAAGUAUUGAAAUUAUUUUAAGUUUCUAACAAUCUAAGUGACAUUGUACAAGAAAGUCUUUAUUUUUGCCAUAGAAUCAUCUGUCGAAAGAGUGACCGUAGCUUUUUCAUGCGAGCAUUGUAAGACGCAUUUCUUGAAACGUCAGCCAUUUACGUACGCUUCAUCGAAAAUCAGUAGUAGGGUUAUAUGAGCUUCUUCUCUUUUGCCGCAAAUUUCGAGGGAGCGCGCUGCACUAUACAACUUUUUCUACACGAAAAAUGUCAAAAACAAAAUUUAAAUAUUUGAUCGGGCGUUUUAUUUUUGGCCAAUUUUUAUGGACAAAAUCUAAUUUUAAAAACGAAGGUUUUUGAACGAGAACAUGGCCUUUUGAAAUUGUUGGAAAAACUUCAUUUUCGUGCAUAAACCUUUUCUUAGAAAGAAACGCAAUUUUUGUUGACCGAUUCACAUUUAUUGUAUGAUCGUCCUUUAUGUGGCAUAUAAUUUUUUCAUGCUGUUUUCCAAAUGUAUCAAUACUUUUACUACGUACAACAAAAUUUCUGUCACGCGUUAACUUGAUCGUCGAAUUACCCGUGAGAUGGGAGUAUGAUCUAAAGCUAGCUUGUAAACCGAUUCAAUAAGCGACAACAGUGCUUACCUAUCCGCCCUUCUAGUUGAUAUUUCAUCCAUGCCUGUCGCAGAAGUCGCAUGUGCGGAAAGUGAUAAACCGACUUUAGUUGUUGUCAAGCGAAACUGAAAAUUUUCUAUAAUUUCUUGUCAUAGAUUCUAUAAAUUAUAUUUACUUAUUGAAUUUAUGAAAAUACCAAUAUGUGCGACGAAGAUGUAAUACGCAGAAGAUUACUCAUAGAUGGGGAUGGUACUGGAGAUGACCGUCGAAUAAAUAUGUUGUUAAAGUCAUUUAUAAAAUGGAUAAACAGUCCUGACGCCGACAACACAUUACACGAGAGAAUGCUGUCGCAACUUGCCCAAUGUGAAUUUGCCCAAAGAAAAUCUAGACUGGUUUCAAACAUGAGCCAAGAAGAAUUGAAGAGUUAUAGUAAUUUAUCGAAUGAAAUCGAAAUACAAAUAGAAGAAGCCAAAAAAGAAAUAGAAAAGACAAAAGUAGAAUUGCACGAAGCUAAACGUGUAAGAAAAAAUAGAAUAGAGUAUGACGUAUUGGCAAAGGUUAUUAACGAGCAACCGGAUAGAUUGGAAACCAAUGAGAAACUUGCUACGCUACGUCAAGAAUUGGGAAAUCUAAAGGAAAAAUCUGAACAAUUGGAGCACAAAUUAGAAAUGCGAAGAAAACAGUUUCACGUUCUGAUAUCCUCUAUACAUUCUUUGCAAGGAAUGUUAGACGAAUGCGACGAAGAAAUAAUGGACAUUAGUUUAGAAAAUUAUGAAGAUACCGAUACAACUUCUAUGGAAAUGUCUUUACUAGUUUUAGGUACAUGUCUGAUAGUUAAGGAUAAUCUUCAAAUGGAAGGUUUUAAGGUGAAAGAUGAACCGAUGGAUGCAUUAGCCAUAGACAGUCAGGUUAUGAAACAUUGCUUUAAGGACGAAAAUAUUGUAAGCGUCGUACUUAAAGAGGAACCUGGAGAUAGAUUUGAUCCGGACUACAUGGAGGAUAUAUGCUCUGGUACUUUCGAGAAGGUAUUUUUACCUAUCGAAAACAGUGAAGUGGAUUUUUCCAAUGAGAUGGUAAAACUCGAGUUGGAAGGAGAAACGAGCGGACAUCCAAAUUGGACGGCACAGAUCACGGCUACUAAUCUUUGCGAGAAAGAAGAUGGCAUACCGCAUAGGUGUUUAAGUGCAGCGGACUUUAUGCAAGCUCAAGACGUUGAAAAACAUCCUGUAUUUUGUGCUAACGGACAGCAGCCCAAAUUUUAUAAGAUUCAAUGUUCCAUCUGCAAGAAAUGGUUUCUUAACAACGAUUCUAUGGUCACGCAUUUGAGAAUGCAUUGUAACGGGAAUCAGUGCGAGGUUUGUCAGCAAAACUUUCAAGACAGUUCCAGCUUGCAUGCGCAUAUGUUAACACACGUCGGUAUGAGUCCACUGGAGUGCAAUGUUUGUCAGAAGAGAUUUGCUUAUAAGUGGUGCUUAAGAAAUCAUAUGCAAAUGCAUUCGAUAGAUAAACCAUAUGACUGUGAUGCUUUGCAACAGGGAUUUAUGAAAAAGCCUGAAGGUAACGACGAGCAGUCGUUGAAUACAGGAGAAAGACCCUUCGAGUGUGACGUAUGCCACGCUACGUUCCGAGAAAAAGGAAAUUUGAAUCGACACAUGCUGAUUCACACCGGUGAGAGGCCCUACAAAUGCGAGAUAUGCUAUGCGGCGUUCAGGGAGAAGGCUAAAUUAAAUAUUCAUAUGCCCAUUCACACGGGCAUGAAGCAGUUCAAAUGUACCAUGUGUCAUAGAUCGUUCGCCCAAAAAACUGCUCUGAACAAUCAUAUGCUGGCGCAUAGCGGGGAAAAGCCGCACGCCUGUAAUAUUUGUGAGAAAACGUACAAGAGGAAAUCGGAAUUGAUCAGGCAUACGAUGGUCCAUACCGGCGAACGACCGUACGAAUGUAAAGAGUGCCUAAUGACGUUUAGGGAAAAGGCUAAGCUAAAUUCUCAUAUGUUGGUUCACACCGGCGAGAAACCCCACGAAUGUCAUAUAUGCCACAAAGCGUGUGCGCGUAAGUCCGAUUUGAACAGUCACAUGUUAUUACAUACCGGCGGGCAAUACGAUUGCAAGGUUUGCGAUAAAAUUUUCACGCGAAAGUCCGAUCUUAAUAGACACACUUUGAUACAUACGGGCGAAAAGCCAUUUGCCUGCGAUCUCUGCGACAUGGCGUUCAGAGAAAAAACGAGAUUAAAUUCUCAUAUGCUGAUACAUACCGGUGAUAAGAGGCACGCAUGCCAUAUUUGUCAGAAAACGUUUAAAGAAAAGUCGUCGUUGAGAAAGCACAUGUUAAGUCAUACAGGCGAUAGACCCUACGAAUGUUACGUAUGUCACAAGGCGUUUACGCAAAAAACUACUUUGAACAGUCACAUUUUGAUACAUGCCGGGGAAAGGCCUUACGAGUGCAGUACUUGUCAGAAAAUUUUUAAGGACAAAGCUGCGUUGAAGAAGCAUUUAUCGAUGCAUAUCAAUGAAAAAAAUCACGAAUGUUUGAUUUGCUUAAAAAAAUUUAGUCAUAAGGCCGCAUUGAACAGUCACCUGUCGACCAAUCAUACAUCUUAAUCCGUGAAGAUCUAGUCCGAUUUUUCUUUACAUCGAGCGCGCACCGUAUGCUUCAAUGCACCGUGCCCACCACGGUCUCGUACAAAAAGACAUUACGUACUUUAUUACUUUCUCUCGCACACUACUUUUUUUUUCCCCUUGUAUUUACCGUGCAGAAAUAAAUUAAUUUCCAAAUUAUUUUUAUAUCCGCUACAUUGGACAUCCAUAAUGGAGAAUUUAAUGGACGAACGAUGCGUCUUUUUCGUUUCCUUUAAAUAUAUAUAUAUAUCAUUUGGAUAUUUUAUCAUCAAUUGACUUUUAUUGCAAUGCGUAAUGCGAGAUGUAGGGAUGUCGCGAGAUCUUUACUUGGAUAACAAUUUAAUUACAAUCCAUCGAUGUAUAAGGAACAAUUAUUAUUCCGAUGUGAUGUGUAUUGAAUGAUAAAAGAAAACGUAAAAGAGUACAAUGAAAUGUAUAUUCUAUGUAAAGUUCAAAAUAAUGAGUAUGCAAAUUACGAGGGAGUCAACAAUACUACAAUUAUCGUGCGAAUAUGAUAUUUGUUGGGAAUAUGUCGAGGAACCUUUUUUCUUUUUUUUUUUUUUUUUCCUAUUUUUUUUCCUUUUUUUUCUUUUCUUUUUCACGCGCACUUUCUAGCAUAGUCAUAUUAUGCUACCGAGUUUUAUUAUACCAUAUUGAAUAUUUGACUGUGAUGUGAGCCAUCCUUGCUCGAUGGUCCUUAAGAAUGAAAAUCAACGAUUACGACGAAAGAUUUUCCUUUUACGAAACACAUACAUAUAUCUGAAUGGAGUAAUAUCUUUAUAUGAAGAAAGUAAAAGAAAAGAAAAAAUAAGAGACUGUGGCAAAAAUAUUAUACUUUACUCAUUCCUUCGUUCUGUACACGAUAAAUAUAAUAUAAAUAUAAGUGUUGAUAACUGUAUAAGAGAUAGUUUUAUCAACAUCAUACAUUUUAUAAACUUAACUAAUAGAACGGAGCGAACGAUGCGUGAAUUAAGUUGUAAAGAGGAUCAAAGAAAGUAUAUUAUACGAAAUAUUACGAUACAAAAUAUUACUUGAUAAUUGUCAUGUA